CUCCAUAAAAAUGGCAUUUUUUCAACUGAUUUUGAAGGCAAGGAAACUCCAUGAGGCAAGACUCGAAUAUGAAGAUGAAAAAUUGAAAUCAAUUGAAAUCGAAAAAGGGGAUCAUCACAAAGUACAUUAUACUUUCAGUCAGAGAAUACGAUACACAAAAAUAAUAAUAAAAAAGAAGCUCAAGAAAUUUCUGAAAAAAAUUACAUCAUGCCCGGAGGAUUCGUGGAUUCACGAAAAAUCAGUGCUUUUAAAAACAGAUAGAACAUUAGAAAAUUAUGUUUUGAAAAGCAUUUUCGGAUUUUUAGGUGGAAUUUUCCUCACGUAUAUAUUUUUCAUAUUUUUUGUCAUUCAACUCAAUUUCACCCUAACUUCAGCAACGAUUUGGUGUUCAUUGAUCGGAAUUGUUUUAACAAUUGGCUUGGCAUUUUCCAGUCGUGUCAGGUGUAUCGUCUUUUUAGUAAUGCCACAAUUUUUUUCGAAACGUGGUCGACAGGCUCUUAUGGCUUAUGCUUUUAUUCUUGCAAUUACGGGACCAGGAAAAAAUACUUUGCAUAAUAUUGGAGUUCUAUCUGAAUCUUUAGCCUGUAGUCAAGAGCGACUGAAAGAAGCAGUUAAAACUAUUGUUGAUUUGAUAAAACAGCCAUUUUAUGCUCUUAAAGAUGCUAUAACAAAUGUUGUAAAAACCGUUAAAGUAGUGAUAAAAAGAAUUAAAAUAGCUCUGAUAGCAAUCAAGAGGCUUGUCCUCAGUAUUUUACGUGUAAUCAAGUCAGCUUACGAUUGGUUGGCAAGUGUUGUAAAUAUGUGUAACAAGGAAUUAGGCACGCCUUUUGACAGGUGUGAAAAUGUAUUCGAAGAAGCAGUAUCGGAUUGUAAAGAAAAAUUAGGACCUUUAUUCGGAGGAGUUUGUAGCAUAUCAUAUGUCGUUGGAUCUGUAUGCUACAUUGUAAAACCUAUGGAUUUUAUUUGCAUACUUGUAUCAUAUGUUGCUGACACGAUUGUUAAUGCUGUUCAAAAAAAAAUAAUAAAAUUUUCGAAGCAUAUGAAGGCGAUAUUUUACGUCAAUGUGAAAUUUUCUCAUUCAUUUCACUUUGAGACUAAUCAUAGUCGCAGCAUUUCAAAUGUGUCUAAAGGAAUCGGAAAGGAAAUAAGAUUAAGGACCGGAAAAUUCCUCAAGCUUUUUGAUUUGAUGAAUUUUGCUACCAGCCUCUUUAUUUUCAUCUUACUUCUCAGAGUGAUAAAUUAUAGGCAUAAGUGGUUAACGAAUCCCCGAUUUGACAAUCGGUAUUUAACAGAUUAUUUGCGUGAGAUCGAUUUGAGAAGAGCUCGAUUAGAUAAAGAAACUGUGCUGCCUUUAAAUCCAAGAGAGAGAAAUAAAUACAUUCCUCUAAGUUCAUUUUCCCUUAUCAAAGCUGAACAAACUCAUCUUGCAAAAUCUGCCGUUUUUCUGUUCUCAACUUCGUGCAAGCUUUUGUUUUACAUAGCUGUUGAUUACAGUCUGUAUUGGAUUCUCAGCAUGAUUAGAUACCAUGGAAGGGUCAAAACGAAAGUACAACAACCUAAUUCUGUAGGAGUUCACGUGUCCGGAAAUGGAUUUUUAUCUGAGCUCUACAGAAGCAUCGUAAGAGCUUUCUCUCCUUCUUCUUCAGAGCAAGAAAUCGACACAAUUUCAUGUCUUCCGGACCCAAUUCCACCGGAUCUAGAUAGAUACACGCAAAUUACAACGCUCAUUGUCCUGUGCUGGAUAAUGGCUGUCUUUGAACCUUACGGUUUACGACUAAGGCACAUCGUUAUGGGCUCCUACCACCCGGAAAGAGCAAAAGAACGAGCUGUUUGGCUUUAUAAUCAUAUUUUAAGAUCAAGAGGAACUUUCCUGAAAUUUGCAAGACGCCAACUGCGCAGAAAAUUUGGAAUAGCUGGCAGUAAAAAUACCGAAAAGGUGACAUGUAAAGAACGUUUAACGGCAAUCUGUCCCAUUUUAAAUAGACUAUUCCCUUCGAAGCAAAAUGCAUGUAUUUUAUGUGGUGCUAUUGAAAGAGAAGGACAACUUCCUCAUGUUAAAUGUUCUACAACUAAUUGCAAGGGUUUAUUUUGUGUGCAAUGUUUUGCAGAUUUGCAGAAUCUUUGCACAGUUUGUAAAACACCCAUAGAUUAUGGAGAUUUAUCUGACAUCAGUGAAGAAAAAGAUUCUUCAGAAGAAGAAAUGUUACAAAUUCAGGAAAAAAAAGAAGAUGUUGAAGAUGUGACAGAAGUAACUGGAGAAGUGGAUAAGGUAGAAGGAACUCAAAUCGCAGAAGAUCUUGAAGAACUUUCUUCUUCCUCUGAAUAUAGUUACUCUUAUCAGGAUGAUGAAACCCAAACUUGUAAGGAUCCGCCACAAAGAGAACCGUACAGAGAUAUUGAAGCCCAGAAAAUGCGAGACGAUGUAACCACUCAGAUAUUCAACGUCCCAAUUGAGGAUAUCGAUUCAAUCAGUGAAGGUCCUACUUCUUGUUUCGUGGUUCGGGCUCGUAGAAGACUUAGAUCUACAUUUGAAAAAAUCAUGACGGAAUUUGACGAUGAAGAUAAAUUUUCUGCCAAUUCACAAGCAUCUUCUUCGUUUGAAGAAAAUGAUGAGGAAGAGUUAAUAGAAAUAAAAGUGGAUGGUGGUUUGAGUGAAGAACUUAUUUCUGCGAGAUGUAAAGGAACAAAACAGAAAAAGAACAAGCAGAGUAGAAUAAAGAAAAUCUUUGCAGCUCUUUUAAAAAUAUCUUGGUUUGGAAGAAAAAAUAGAUCAAAAAACCCAACGAAGACUUACAAAAGCAGACUAAAGGGAAAGAAAAACAUUCAAAAAAUAAUAAAUUCUUCCAUUUCAUCAUCUUCAUCUGCUAUGUCUUCAUCGUCUUCCAGCAAUUCAGAUUAUAGAGAUUCAGAUGCUUUGUUAAAGUCAAAAAAGAAGAAAAAAAUAAAAUUAUCGGAAUGCGAUAAAUUUAACGAUGAAAUAUUACGUAAGAAAAAAAACGAUUUUCGCCGAAAAAAUCAGAAAAAACUUCCAAGAACCAGCCCUGCAAAAAGUGAUGAGCACGAUUUUAAAUACCCACACGAAAAAAGUUUUUUCCCUAAGAAAUUGCCAAGGGGUUUGGUGCCUGUUGCCAGAGAAAUCCGAUACUUUGAAGUCGAUGAAAGAGAAAACUGCCCAAAUAAAUUUUAUAAUGAUAAAGAACGUUUAAACAUUUUAUCUGAUAUCAAAUCAUCCUCAGACACGAGUAGAUUUAGUGAAACUUGGAAUAUCCGUGGUGAUGACGACUCUAGGAAUUAUGGGUCGAUGAAAUCGCAAGAUUCACAAGAGGCUUAUGAAAGAAGUAAUAAAAUUUCUACUUCAUCUAUAAUGACGACCAUUAAGGAAGAUAGCCAGGAAACAUCGAAAUCAAAAGACAGUGAAGAUAAUUCUAUUGAGUCAAGUGUUGAUUCAGAAAAAUAUAUUGAUGUUAUAGGUUCAUCUACUGAUUCGCCAUUUGAAAAUCGACUUGUGGCACUUGAAAUUAAAGAAAAAAGAGAUAACAUGAGAAGUGGCAGAAAAAGAUUGGAAACGAUUGGUCAUGACAAACAGGCGCCCAAAAUUGAUGAAAUUAAAAAUUAUCCAAAAACUCGUGAAGAAAAAAAUGAGCGUCGUAGAAAAAUUGUAGAAAGACGAUUGCAGCGACGAAGCAGUUUAGAUAAUGGACAUUUUGAAAAAAAUGUCGCUGAAAACAUACCUAGAGAGAGAAAAAUCCAAGAAAGGCAUAGAAGUCAAUGUCAAAAAUCGUCGAGAAGAUCGAAUAGAUGUAAAUAUUGUUUCAAAAGGGAUAUAUUUUGCGAAAGACGAAAAAAACAUUUCAGGAAGGAAAGAAAUAAUGAUCAAUAUUCGAAAAAUUCUUCAGGAUCAGAAGUGGAAAGCUGUUCACCAAAAAGGCCAAAUGAUACUGCCAAGUGUAUUCAUCAUGAACAAAAAAUUAUGAGUACAAGACCAAAAUUGAUCGAAGAACUGAAAGAAGAUGAUAGAAUAAAAUUAAUCAGAGAAAGAGAGGAUGAAAGGCAGAGGCGCUAUGAUAUUUUAAGAUCUGUUCGACAAGAAAUAACACCACUAAAAGAAGAGCAAAAAAUGUAUGAUAGUUGCGAAUUCCGUGAAACAACAAAAACUAAACAAGUCAACACUUUUCCAUAUAAAGAAACAGAAGUGUUUAAAGAGCGCAAAAAUAAGGAAGCGGAAGAUUUAUCUCUACUAGAAGGUCGUCAAGAGUGGAGAAGUAUUAUGUCCAGAUUAAGAAAGAAAAUCGGAAAUGCAUUUCUGGCAUAUAAAUCAAAUCUGAAUGAAAAUAACAAGGGAACAAGUUUCCCAAUGGAAAAUCGAGAUGAUGCUUCAAAUGUGGAUCAGGGCCAAUCCAUACAUUUUUUGUCAGAAGAUACUACAGAUAAUAAUGAGACGACUCAUUAAUUGUAAUGAAAAAUUCCUCGAAAAUAAUUUUUGCAACUCGUGCAAAAAUGGAAGAUUUCAUUCAAUAUAUAUAACUCCGAUUAAUUAUAUUGACUUUUUUUGUUAAAUAUGUUACUUCGUUGAUAUGUUUCUUUAUAAUUAAGAAUUCUAUUUUUAUUUAUAUACGA